UCUCCCUCACAGUGCUGCUCAGAGCCAGUGGAGGCUGUGGGGGAUCCCUGCUCCACGUCUUUGACUGCAGACUGAACACUGAGCCCAGUGGGUUGACGUCAGUGCAGCACACGGUAGUUCUCGUCCCUGCUGGUCGGGGUACGAGUAGGGAGCUGGUCUCACCUAACAGAUGUGUCUGGGACACUCCAAUAUAUUUAUUCUAUCCGUUACAUACAGACCCAAAUGAUGGAAGUGUUGGAAGGACACAGAGCGGACAGAGGGCAGGCGAUGAGGGCCCCAGCUGAUGGAUACGUGAAGGAAUUCACUCGCCACUCCAACGAUGUGCUGCUGAACCUGAAUGAACUCCGGCAUCGAAGCAUCCUGACUGACACCACCCUGGUUAUCGGCAACGUGCAUCUGCAGGCGCAUUGUGCCGUGCUCGUGGCUUGCAGUGGGUUCUUCUACUCGCUGUACUCCCACCGUGUGAUGCUUCAGGGGCGUGGUGGCGGCAGGGAGCAGCUCAUAACCGUGUCUCUUCCCAGUACCUUGGAUCCAUCCAGCGUCUCCCUGCUGCUCGACUUCAUGUACACCUCCCGCCUCCCUCUGACACCCAGUGUUGUCUCCGGAGUGCUGGCUGUUGCCACCUACUUGCAGAUGGACCACGUGGCCGAUACCUGCCGGGACUUCAUGCAGCUGCACAGCAUGAAUAGCAUGAGUGCGAGACACCCUCAGCUGGAGCUGGACUCCAGGGUGUCUGUAGCCUCUGUAGCCCCCAAAGAAGGGGACCUGUAUAAUCCAGGACCCCAGAGAUCACUCCCAACAGGUGGGAUGACCAGGAUCCCUGCGAUGGCUGGGGACUCUUUCAAGCCAGGGGCUUUCCUGACCUGCCAGCCCAGGUCAAAAGAGCUAAAAGGAGAGCCUGAGUCACCCACCAUGGGCACUUCAUCUCCAAACAGCCCCGCCCGCUCAAGCUGCCAACCGAACUCUCCCGCUGAGUCCAACACCUGCAACAAAAACCUUGUGAAUGACACCAAAGCCACACCAGACCCAAAGGCCUGCAACUGGAAGAAAUACAAGUACAUUGUUCUCAAUCCUCUCUGUGCUGCCACUACGGUGAAAGAAGAGGAAGGGGAGGAACCCCAAAGUCGAGCAUCACCCACUGCAGACAGCAUGGGCUCGAUCCCAAAAGCACCAACAGAGGCGUGGUCUGGAGAAGUGCCUGGUCAGAUUGAUAGACAGGGGCAGGCCUCCUGCUACGAGGGUUCUGGCCGAGCCCCUCCCCUCGGGCCACCUCCCUCUGUGGACCAGCCAACAGUGCCUCCCUCCUACAAGGAAGGGCCAGAAGCUGCUAACCACAACCAAAAUCCAAUCAAGCGUGAGAACUACUAUGUGCCCUACUGUUAUUCUGGAAACCUGCAAGGAACCAAGUCUGUCUGCUCAGGUGACAAACCGUACCGCUGUAACGUGUGUGGAGCUCAGUUCAACCGACCCGCCAACCUGAAGACUCACUCCCGCAUUCACUCUGGAGAGAAACCUUACCGCUGUGACACCUGUGGAGCGCGAUUUGUUCAGGUUGCCCACCUGAGGGCCCACGUUUUGAUCCAUACAGGGGAAAAACCUUAUCCCUGCCACACCUGUGGAACCCGGUUCCGCCACCUGCAGACCCUGAAGAGCCAUUUGCGCAUCCACACCGGAGAGAAGCCUUACACUUGUGAGAAGUGUGACCUGCAUUUCCGACACAAGAGUCAGCUGCGUCUACAUCUGCGCCAGAAACACGGAGCGGUCACCAACACCAAAAUCUGCUACAAGGUGCUGACUGAGCCCUACCAGCCUAUCCUGCAGGUCUGCUGAAGAAGAAGACUUUUGUUUAGUAAUCACACCUGGCCCAUUGUUCAGUGUGUUGUCUGAAUAUUACCUAAAUCUGUGAAUUUUUGUGAGUUAAUUCAUUUGCAAUACAGUUCUGCUUGCAUGAGGAGAAGCAGUUUUAAAUUAUUAGCACUUGGUUUGUUCAUGAAGGUGGUAUUUUAUGACUUUUAAACACACUGAUUAAAGGGACAGAGUUUGAUAUUAAACCAAAAGUUAAAAUAGAUUACAUUUGAAGAAAGAAAGGCAUUUUCAUGUAACUCAUAGUGUAUUGUUGGAUGAGAUUUGGGCCUUGAUGUGAAGAUACCAAAAGACUGCAUUAUUAGUAUGAAUUUUACAGGUUAAUUAGAAAUCCUCUGGUGGAUUGUCUGAGAUGGAGAUAAAAGUUGAUUCAAGAAAGUGUUUUUGAAGGUUUGUGAAGGGACAUAAAGAAGGUGAUAGGGCAUGGAAAAAUACAGUUUGUGUACAAUGAAUGUGGAAGUAAUGUGAGCAUGUGAACAGUCUGAAAGAAAGAAAAAGCAGGUUUUAUGAAGGGGAAGUGGUAAAGUUUGAGGUGAAUAAAAAAUAACAUGGAUUUUAAGUCUGGCAAAGCACUUCGUUAGUGUUAAAUUUUGGGAAUUUUCUUCUUAAACGCGUAUUUAACUCAGAUUUAUCUUAACUUUAUGGCCCGGUGCCUGUGUGUGUUUUUUGCAGUAAUAUCUGCUUUAACAGUCCAAGCAGGAAAAGGACUUAGAUGUCUUGUUCUAAAUAUAAAAUGUAGAAAUCAAAUAGUGUUUAUAACAAAAGACAUAUAAAGAAGACAACUGAAAUCAAUUGAAAGGGUGAUGUGAAAUUUGUAUGUGUAUGAGUUAAUUUGCUGGACAAAGAUGGUUUUGUACAAUUUAAAUUAAAUCAUUUUUAAAUCAA